UGACAGACCAGUGCUAGAUCACAAGUCAUUUUUCAAAGCAUAAUAACAUUGAGUUGUUAUCACCACAACACCUCUUUCUUUGAAUUCCAUACUUGAAAUGGAUAGCUUAGGCCUUUCAUCAACUCUCCUAAGGUUUUUCUCUGUUCUCAUCACAAUAUUGAUCUUCUACAUCAUUGUUAAGUACCAACAUCUAAAGCGUACUAUGAAAACUAAACUAGUCUCACUCCCCCCUGGGCCAAAACCAUGGCCUAUCGUGGGGAACCUCCCUGAAAUGCUCAAACACAAGCCCACAUUCCGAUGGAUACACCAAAUGAUGGAGACAAUGAACGUGGAGAUCAUGUGUAUCCGCCUUGGGAACGUGCAUGUCAUCCCUAUCACUUCUCCAGAAAUUGCACGAGAGUUCUUGAAAAAACAAGACUCUAUCUUCUCCUCAAGGCCAUUUUGCAUGUCUGCUGAUCUCACCAGUCGGGGCUACCUAACAACAGCUUUGACCCCGUUAGGAGAACAAUGGAAGAAGAUGAGGAGGGUCCUCGCUUCCGAGGUUCUCUCACCGGCAAGACAUCGCUGGCUUCACGACAAACGAGUCGAAGAAGCCGACCACCUUGUUCGUUAUGUCUACAACCAAUGCAAAAACUCCAUGAUAGGAGGUGGUGCAAGUGGUGGUAUGGUGAACAUUAGAGUCGCUGCGCAACACUAUUGUGGGAAUGUGAUAAAGAAGCUGAUCUUCAACAAGAGGUUUUUCGGGGAGGGAAGGGAAGAUGGAGGUCCAGGUGUGGAGGAGGAAGAGCACAUGAGUGCAUUAUUCACCAUCCUUGGGUACAUUUAUUCAUUCUGUGUCUCUGAUUACAUACCAUUCUUACGAGGACUUGUUGACUUAGAUGGUCAUGAGAAAGUCAUGAGGAAGGCUGUUGGAACCGUAGCAAAAUAUCAAGAUCCUGAAAUUGACGAGAGGAUCAAACAGUGGAUGGAUGGUAAUAUUGCUACCAAGAAAGAGCAAGAGGACUUGCUUGAUGUGCUCAUUAUGCUCAAAGACGCAAAUGGUGGUCCAUUGCUAUCAACAGAGGAGAUCAAAGCACAAAUUGUAGAGUUGAUGAUAGCAACAGUGGACAACCCAUCAAAUGCUGUGGAAUGGGCACUUGCUGAGAUGCUAAAUCAACCUGAAAUCCUAGAAAGAGCCAUAGAGGAACUCGACCGAGUGGUUGGCAAGGAGAGACUAGUCCAAGAAUUUGAUCUCUCACAGCUUAAUUACAUCAAGUCAUGUGUGAAGGAGGCCUUUCGCCUCCACCCCUUUGCACCCUUCAAUGUUCCUCAUGUUUCGGUCUCCGACACAACAGUUGCCGGCUACUUCAUCCCAAAAGGUAGCCAUGUGCUGCUAAGCCGCCCUGGACUUGGCCGCAACCCUAGGAUUUGGGACGAGGCACUCAAGUUCAAACCAGAGCGCCACUUGAAGGAUGAUGGCUCGGACGUGUUGCUCACUGAUCCAGAAUUGCGCAUGUUAUCGUUCAGCACUGGAAGGCGUGGAUGUGCAGGAGUCACUCUAGGGUCUACAAUCGCUACCAUGCUAAUGGCUAGGCUCCUCCAAGGGUUCAACUGGAAAUUGCCACCCACCAUGUCAAAGAUUGAGCUCAAAGAAUGUGCAAAUGAUCUCUUUCUCGCUAAACCUCUGGUUGCUUUAGCAGAGCCACGGCUGAAUGAGAACUUGUACCGUACACUUUGAACAAUACUAGCGGCUGUGCACAUGAAAUAAUAAUAAGUUCAUGUGAAGUUAUUGAUGUUUUGUAUCUUUCGCAUGCUUUCAUCAAUAAAGUUCAUGUGAAGUUGAUGUGAGGUCGAGGUGUGGGGAAAAUUAAUUUUUAACUAAUUUCUGAAUUAAUAAGAAUAAAUUUGUAAUGUUACAAGUAUUGAAAGGAUAUUUGACAUAAAAAAUAGUGGUCAUCCGUUGUAAAUUGACACAAUACAAAGUCCCUUUCCCUAUUUUAUAGGCACUGUACAUCAUAAGUAUUGCUGAGGGUGGCAUUACUAUUAUUUAUG